GAAGUCCAUCCUGACCCUGCCUCGUUACAUUCAGGUAACCUGUGAGCAGUACACCGGCACAAAUCUCUGCUUCAGCCAGGGAGCUAAGUAACGUUUUCUCCUAUCUGGAUUUAACGCAGAUACUAAUAAGAAUGUGCGACAGUCAGUUGCUCCUUUACGGCAGUAUUGACACGUUGAAAGUAGGCGGAAACGUAGUGAAGUUACGCACUAGUCUAUGGUUUCCGAUUGGCUGUUGUAAAUGACGCACGUUGUAUAUGUCUUUCAAUUGAAAGAACACCAAAUCAGUCAAAUUGUCACGCCCUAAACGUGGCAAAGUCGUCACGGCAAGUUACCCGUGACCCACAUUUAGCUUCCGAAAAUGCUUUUCAGAAUAAGAUAUCUUAACUGAAAUGUAUGACGUUCUUGCUUCUAUUCAGGAUACCAUCAUCCAUCAGAAGAACAAUAAGUAUCUGAGAAAAUAAGCACAAUGACCCUGUAUAUAUCUGUACUCUCAGUGAGAUACACUUCUGGAGGUUUAAUUUUCCGGUGUGCUGGUAAAUUGCAGACAACUUGACUUAACUGCUGGUUAACUUCUGUCUUCGUGGCUCGUUGAAUUCAUCAGCUCAGACUCACGAAAGAUGUAUGUGUUUGCGGUACCCCUGGUCCUCCUGCUGCUGGGCCCAGGUGUGUCAGGGAAAACGGUGACCGGCCAAUUUCGGAGCCAAGCCGCACGACAACAGAGCGGACAGUUUAUCUCUGCCUUCAUGUUCACAGGUAACACAGGAAACACAGUUAACUCAGGCGGCAGCUGAGCCGGAGAUCGCGCGCAUGUGUCUGUUCUUGCAUGCGCGUUUGGUGCGUGUCUCUGUGUCUGUCUGUGUAAUUGUCUGUGGCUGUUUCUGUCCGUGUGAGUGGGUGAGAGAGAGAGAGUGUGUGCAUGUGAUGCAACGUUCGGUCUGAGCUGUAGGUGACCAAUCAGAUCAGACGUGUUUGACAGAAAAUCACAAAUCCUUGAGCUAAAAAUCUGACAUUAUCCUUAUCACAUGAUGAUGACUGUGUUCUAAUUACACGAUAUCUUUUUCUAAUUACAUGAUGGCUUUGUUCUCAUAACACAAUGAUUAUAACAGUCAUGUCAUGAGAACAAAGUCAUAUUUUUAGAAUAAAGUUAUCAUGUCAUGAGCAUGAAGUCACGUUGAUAGAAUAAUCUAUUUCCAUGAUGACUUUAUUCAUAGACAUCAUGACUCUUUUCCAAUAACCUGAUGACUUUAUUCUAAUUACAUUAAGAUUCUUUUCAAAAAACAUGAUGACCUUAUAUUUAUAUCAUGACUUUAUUCUAAUUACCUGAUGCCUUUUUUUUUUACUAUAUGAUGACUAUUCUAAUGAUAUUAUGACUCUGUUCUUUCAACAGAAUGGCUUUGUUCUCACAAUAUGAUGACUGGAUUCUGAUCAUACAUUACUUAAUUCUCAUGAUACUUUUUUCUUACCAUGUUGACUUUAUUCACUUGUAACUGUUUUUUUUUUCCAACAAAACGUUAUUUAGACUCUAUUUUAACAAGAUAAUGAUUUAAAAACAGUUUUUCUUUGCAAAUAUGCUAAUAUAUUAAAUAAAUGUGCCUUUGUUUAGUACUGUUUUGUGACGCUAUCUUUAUCACACAAACCUUUUCAGGUUCUUGACAACCACCAUUGCCUCAGUCACAGAAGAGAUUGGUUAUUGAAUCUUACCUCUAGAUGCUACUAAAUAUCCUCAUUCUAUAUACUUACCUUUUCCCAGUCUUUUAUCAAUCGGGCUUGGCUCUCAGUGAAUGCAAUGAGGUUAAAUAUCUUGGGCUUUUUAUUUCUAAUGAUCUUUCUGAUGACAAAGCUAUGGAUAGGCAGUGUCGCAAACUGUAUGCUCAAGCAAGUGUGCUAUGUCGAAAAUUUAACGUGCUCUGUGCCAGUGAAGGUAAACCUAUUCAAAACCUACUGCACCCACCUCUAUACUGCCCAUCUGUGGUGCAGAUAUAGACAGGGCAGCCUUAGAAGGCUUACUGUGGCCUACAAUAAUGUUUUGAGGCUGCAGCUCAGAGCUCCCAGGAGCUGUAGCACUAGUCACUUGUUUGUAAGUCUUGGUGUACCGACAUAACCUGCAGUGCUUCGUAAGUUAAUGUACAGAUUUAUGUGUAAAGUUGAGGUGUCUGAAAACACCAUAAUUUCUGUAAUAUGCAAUACUCGAUGCAGCUCCGUCAAGUUUGUCUCAAGGUUGUGGAGCCAUUGGCGCUAAUGCCUUUACUAGGUUUCCUUUUUUAAUCUUCUUGUGUUUAUUUUGCUGUAUGUGAGAAUUUUUUUAUAUGGACCAUCCUGUGGGUGGGGCUGAAAUAAAGUUGAAUAAAUAGGUUGAUCUGUGUUCCUAUAAUAUGAGAACACGAUCUUAACCCAGUGUGUGUGUAUACACACGUAGAUACAGUGUGUCUACGUGUGUAUAUUUGUUCAUGCGUGUCUGUGUGUGUGUGUGUCUGUCUGUUUGCAUGUGUCCAUGCAUAUAUGUCCAGGUGAGAACAGUCUGUUGGUGUGUCGUCUGGAGAACCCCAUUCUGGCUGCAGAGAAGGAGUCUAGGCUGCUGCUGUAUCAGGACUGGGACUCAGACUUGGAGAAGCUGAGCUGCUCUGAGAGGUUGACUCGAGCUCUGUUCAGCAGUAAGAACCUGAGAAAUCACCUUUGACAUCACAUGUACCUGUCAUCACAGUCUGCCCUCACCUCCUGUACAGAUGAUCAUUAACCCCCUCUCACUGUCCCCCUACAGUCUCCCUCACCCAGGACGAACACAACCUGACCAUCCCCCGUCAGUCCUCCCCUAUAGCAUGGAUGGCUUUGUACACAGACAGGUACACCUGCCAGGUAAAAUACACACACACACAUACACACACACACACUUAAAAUGUUCAACUUCAGUAUUUUUUUAGACACAAAAGGAUAAAAUCUUUGAAACUAUCUCCCAUCUCUCCUGUGAACAUCUGAUCCCUUCCUGUCCCACCUGUCCCACCAAAGGACUCAGUGAUCCCCAACCACUCUGACCUCACCUUUACAGUCCUGAUGCUAAACCCUGACUCCGCUGGAAAUCCUUUGGACCACUUCAGCGCUGAGGAGGCAGGUCAGACCACCAAGUUAUCCCAGUUGAGCAUUUACCCAAAACCCCCAGAAUGCUUGAUACUCCCAGUAUACACAACACUCAAAGAAACCAACAUUUCCAGUAUAUCCAACACUCCCACAAUGCCCAACACUCUCAGUUUCCCCAACACUCAGUAUAAUAAUUCAUUUUAUCCCUCCAUCAUUCCAGUGUUCCCAUUAUACCCAAUGCAGUGGUGAUUUUAACAUUCAUAUCUGCUAUCUUGCUGAUGCAUUUGCAGAAGAGUUUUACAGCCUUUUCAAGUCUUUUAACUUUGUUUUACACCCCACUGAUCCAACACAUGUCAAGGACCAUACUCUAGACCAGGUCAUAUCACAUGGCUUCAGAAUUGAUUGCAUAGAACUUAAUGAGUUCUGUGUAUGUGACCACCUUAGUUUCAUGUUCAACUUGCAUUCCUCUGUAACCACAACAGUACAACCAUCCCCUACUUGCUCUGGCAUUAUUUACUCGUCUGACACCAUGAAAUUUUCAUGUGCUUUUCCAUCUCCCUGCAGACCUGCGUCUCCUCUCCCAUCCUGACUAUGUAGUCAACACAUUUUACAACCUCUGCAGUGAAACACUGGACUCUUUUGCUCCAGUUAGAACUUGUGUCAAAACUAUUUUAAAGUCAUACCUUGGCUCAAUGACUACACCUGCUCCUUUAAAAGAGAGAAAGGUAAAGCAGAGCAAAAAUAAAGGGCAUGCAAAUUACAGGUGUACUAUGAACACAUGAAAACCUACAAUGUUGCUGUAAAUGAUGCAUGAGCAAGGUAUUUUUCGAGCCUCAUCUCACAAAACAGUAAAAAAAAAAUCUUUAAAACCUGUGAUCAACUAGUUGGUCACCCCUUCUAACAGAAAUCUCCAACCAUCUCCUGAUCUGUGUGAGCAAUUUAAAAUGUUUUCAUCAACAAAAUUAAGAACACUAGAUUACAAACCAUUAAAAUGUUUCCCCUCAACUCACCUAUCCCUGAAACUUUGGACAGAACCCCAGUAUCAGAACUCCCUUUUUUGGCUUAAAUCUUGGAAAAUGUAGUUCUUGAUCUGCUCCAUACCCAUCUGACAGAUAACAAUUCAUUGGAUGUGUUCCAGUCUGGCUUUCGCUUGCUCCACAACAUCGAGACAACUCUUCAGAGAGUUUGUAUGAUCUCCUUUUCACUGAAGAUGCUGGUGACUGCUCUGUCCCGGUUCAUGUAAGAAUAAGAAUAAGAAUUACUUUAUUAAUCCCUGAAGGGAAAUUCAAUUGUCUGUUGUCUCAAAUAACAUGUCAAAAAGUUAUCUACUAUUCACACAAGACUUAUAAGGUCUAAUGGCUGUUGGUACAAAAGAUCUUCUAAAUCUUUCUGUCCUGCAGCGAAAAGAGAGGAGCCAUCCACCACCAUUGGCCCUUUGGUCCAUUAAGGUGUUGUGAAGAGGGUGAUCCAUGUUCUUUAGAAUCGUCUCCACCUUCCUCGGUGUAGAUUUCUCAACCACAUCCUCCACUGACUCCAGCUUGAGUCCAACCACAGAGCCAGCCUUUUUCACCAGUUUGUUGAGACGUCUUGCAUCUUUGUGUUUGAUGCUUCCUCCUCAGCAGACUGCAGCGUAGAACAGAACACUUACCACCACAGACUGAUCAAACAUCUGCAGCAUCUUACUACAGAUGUCUAUUGAUCCGAGUCUUCUCAGGCAAAAGUGGCGGCUCUGCCGCUUUCUGUAGAUGAAGUCUAUAUUCUUAGACCAGUCCAACUUAUUAUUCAGAUGUACACCUAGGUAUUUAUAUGAUGUCACCACUUCGAUGUCCACUCCACAGGUGUUCACUGGCUGAAGAGGGGGUUUGGAUCUACGGAAGUCUAUGACCAUCUCCUUUGUCUUUGAGUCGUUGAGGAGGAGGCAGUUUUUGUGACUCAGGUCACUGAAGGCUCUUAUCAGAUCUCUGUAUUCAGCUUCUUGUCCAUUUCUGAUACAUGCCACAAUAGCGGUGUCAUCUGAGUAUUUCUGGAUGUGGCAGGACUCAGUGCUCUAUUUGAACUCUGACAUGUACAGUGUGAACAGGAAUGGCGCCAGCACUGUCCCUUGUGGAGCCCCUGUACUGCUCAUUAAUGUCCCAGAAACACAGUUCCCCAGCCUGACAAACUGUGACCUACCUGUCAGGUAAUCUGCAUCCAGAAAACACAGGAAGGAUCCACUCCCAUCUCUGUGAGCUUGUCUUUGAGUAUGGUGGGUUGGAUGGUGUUGAAUGCCCUUGAAAAGUCGAAGAACAUGAUCCUCACAUAAACCCCAGGUUUCUCCAGAUGAGACAGGGCACGGUGAAGCAUGUAGAGGACAGCAUCAUCCACUCCAAUGUGUUCUUUGUAUGCAAACUGCAGGGAAUCCAGUUUGUCUUUGACCUCGGACCUCAGAAGGCGUAGAAUCAGCCGCUCCAGGGUUUUCAUGAUGUGUGAAGUGAGGGCCACUGGUCUGUAGUCAUUGAGUUCAGCAGGACAUUUAGUUUUUGGUACUGGCACAAUGCAGGAUGUUUUCCACAGAGCAGGUACCCGCCCCAGCUGUAGACUCAGGUUGAAGAUCUUGUGGAGAGGUUGACACAGUUCUGCAGCACAGUCUCUAAGCAGCCUUGGAUACACACCAUCUGGACCAGCUGCCUUCCCAGGACAAAGUCUUCCAAGCUCCAACCUCACCCCUGUUUCGGUGACAGACAAGGACUGGUGUUCUAGGAGGGAGGCAGUUGAAGUGGUAGAGACAUUUGAACAAGAUGAAAGAGGAGGAAGGGGAGAAGUUGUAGUGGAGAUUUGUUGAGGAGAGGAAGGUGGAGUAGCAGUGGGAGUGGUUGUGACAGCAGUGUCAAAUCUGUUGAAGAACAGGUUGAGUUCAUCAGCUCUUUCUAGAUCACCCACUACUGGCUGUCUGUUCUUUUUAUUGCUGUGUCCAGAGAUGGUACUGAUUCCUCUCCACACUUCACGGAUGUUGCUGUGUUGUAGAUUCUUCUCUCUCUUUUUGUACGCCAGCUUUGCCAUCUUCAGUCUCCUCUUCAACUCUUGUUGCACUUGUUUGAGUCGUUCUUUGUCACCAUCUUUAAAAGCUUUCUUUUUCUGGUUAAGGAUUGCUUUUAUGUUUCUUGUGAUCCAGGGUUUGUUGUUGGGGAAACAGCGAACAGUCUUUGUUGGUAUGACUGUGUCUCUACAGAAGUUGACAUAUUCAGUGAAGCAGUCAACCUGUUUGUCAGUGUUCAUACUAUCCACAUCUGUUUCCAGCAUCUUAUUACAGUCUGUUUAUUUAAAACAGUCCCUUAGAGCUUCACUGGCUUGAGGUGUCCAUCUUCUGAUUUUGACUUUGGUCAAAGGCUGCCUCAGUACACAAGGUCUGUAACAGGUUUGCAGAUAGACCAAGGUUUGACUUGCCCAGUGGUAGUAAGGCAUUGGCUCUGUAGGCUUCUUUGACGUUGGCAUACAGCAGAUCCAGGGUCUUGUUUUCUCUGGUAGGACAGUUCACAAACUGUGUGAAUCCAGUCAGGUGAGAGGACAGGGUGACAUGGUUGACGUCUCCUGAUAUUAUUAUUAGUGCCUCAGGGUUUUAAGUCUGUAGCCUGGCAACACUAUUUUGCAAAACAUCGCAACAUUCUUCAGUUGAUUUGGGUGGAAUGUAAACAACUACUGUUAUGAUAUGACUGAAUUCUCUUGGAACAUAAUAUGGCAGAAGAGUUCAAUAUCUGGACAACACAACUUCUCCUUGACAGUCAUGUGUGAAGGGCUGCGCCAUCUUUGGUUGACAAAUAAAGCCAGACCUCCUCCUUUUUUCUUGCCACUAGCUUGAGCACCUCUGUCUGACCUUAUAAGAGUGAAACCAGGUAGAUCCACACUGGAAUCCGAGUUGUUUUGAUUCAACCAUGUUUCAGUAAAACACAGGAAACUGCACUCACGGUAUGCUUUCUCAGUCUUCACCAAUAUCUCCAGCUCAUCACUUUUGUUGGGCAGAGAGUUGAUGUUUCCCUUGAUGAUUGAUUGAAGAAAGAGUUUAUAUCGCCACCUCCUAGCAUUCAGCUUUGCCUUCACCUUUGCACCAGCACGGCAACCAGGAUAACACCUCCUGAUGUCCUCUAGAAUUGUAUGUUGUUGUCCAGAUUUACUUUUCCUCAAUGAAAGGAGCGUUCUCUCGUGUAAACUCUUCGCCUAGCAGAAGUAUCCAUCAGCAGCCAACAAAAUGACAACAAAAAUAUGAAAAAAAUCUAGCAAAAGUUACAAAAAUUACAGAUAAUAUGGACAGACCAGACUUGCAGCAACCUCUCGGUUCAAGCACAUCAUUUAAAUUUGGAUUUGAAUUUGGACCUCAGUGCUGUGUUUGACACUGUAGAUCACAGUAUAUUGAUAGAGAGGCUGGAGAAGUCUGUAGGCGUAAGUGUGGCACAUCUGGUUUUGGAAAUGAUCAAUGAAUUUAAAAUUGUAACUUGAAUGUUCUGAUUUCAUCUGGACAUAUUCAGCCUUUGUUUGAGCCCUCCUCAGUGUUGACCUGCAGUGUAAAAACUAUGUUUUUCUGUCUCUCAGGAUUGAACACCUUUUACUUCAUCCUGCUCCUGUCCUACUUCAUUGUUGGCUGCAUCUAUGUCCAGCCUCUGUUUCAAGCUCUAAGGAAAGGUGGGCCUUUGCACACCGCUCUCAAAGUGCUGACUACAGUGCUUGCAUUACAGGGAUGCUCUGCCCUUUGCAACUACAUCCACCUGGCCAGGUACACUUCAAAAAGAGCAAUCUCAGCCCUAUAUCAUUGCUAAUGGCAAAGAGUGUUUUUGAUAAAGUAUUUUAUUUUAUAUCUUUACGAGUAAGGACUACCUUAGUCAAUGAAGGCUUCAACCUUUUGACCUAUUCCACCAGUAGAAAACAUCAGUUCCAUUUCGGUUUGAUACCAUUUUAUAUAUUUAAAACUGUCUUUGGAUUUAUUACAUGAUUGUUUGAAGUUAAUUAAUCUGACAUUUUUAUGUGCUCAUUGUACCUUGGAAAGUUAUUUUUUAAGUUUUAACAUCGGAGAGCACAUAUAUCCUUGCUAUUGAUUUCCCUUUGAAGAAAUGUUCUGAAAACUCUUAAACCCUUUCAGGCUCGUGUCAGCGGGUCAGAUUUUAUUUCGGAGGAAGAGGAGUGAGGAGAUAGAUGACAUAGAGGGGAAGUAAAGAUGGAGAUAGAUGAGAAAGAGGAGGAGGAAGAAGAGGAGGAGAAAGACAAAGACAUUUAAAACAAAAUUAUCUAUUAUUUAAUCUAAAAUUUAAAAAAUCCAACAAUGUCACUUUUUUAAACUUUUACAUUUUAUGUCUGUAUUGUAUGCAGGUCAGGGUGAGUUUGACCUCCAGCAAACAUUAAAACAAAGUUACGAAGAAGAUUUAAGUGAAAUGAUGCCCCUGGUUUUGUUUAACAGGUACUCCAGAGAUGGUGUUGGUAUCCCUGUGAUGGGCAGCCUGGCAGAGUGUAUGUUCUUCUUUAUUUCUCCAUAAAUCUCUCAGAGGUCUUGGUCUUAAACCUUUGUCUCAGAUAUUUCAAGCUCUGGUUCUGUGUCCCCCCCUUGCAGGCUGGGACACGGUGUCUCAGGUGUCCAUGCUCUACCUUUUGCUUAGUCUAUGUCUUGGUUGGACACUGAACCGAGGCAGGAAGCCUCAAUGUGGCCCACUGCAGUGGGAACACUCACCGGCAUCCACAGCUGUGGCUGUUGGUGGAGUUAUUACACAGGUACUCUAAGCCAAGCUACAAAAUAUUUAAAGACAAUAUACCAAAUGUUAAGAUUAAAGAUCUUCUUGUUUGAUAAAAAUCUCUGCUCAUUUUAAAUUAGAUAUAUCUAGAAGUAAUAACAGGGUUAUGUUUUCCAUAGCGUGUCAUCAGCUCAUCUUUCCCCAACACUCUGUAUACGUUGGUGAACCCAGCAGACCAGUUUUUGGAGUUUAAAAGUAAAAUGUCUCAUUCUUGCCUGAUAGACAAUUACAACAAUAUGGCUAUGGUUGAAUAGAAUAGAAUAUUCCUUUAUUGAUCCCCCAUGGGGGAAAUUUUUUUGUCACCUAAAUACUACUUUACUUGUCUUUACUUGUGUAACGGGUAUUGACUGGACCCAAUUGCAGCAUAAACAAGCAGGUUCACUUUAACAACAGUCUUUAUUGAACACCAAAUCCAAUGAAGCAGCAGAUUAGCAGUGGACCACAGGUCAGGCAAGAGUUUUGAACUCGUGAGCAGGGAAUUGUCCACAGUCUUAAUUUGCUCUACGAGUGUAGUGAAGGGGAAAACGCUCAACUCACAGCUGGAGGAAGAUUUCUUGGAGAGUGGUUCAGGUGAGGACUGGGUGAGGAUCCAGAGCUUGCAGAGGAGCUGGCAGAACCAACGUCGGCAGAGGAGGUGAGUUGGCGAGGUGAAGCUGACGAGAAGGGGGAUCUCAACAGAGCAGGAACAGGCUGAGUGACAUUCAGCUGCAGGCAGACGAAUAGCAGGAACCAGGCAGGCAAAGCUCGUAGUCAAGGACAGAAGGCAGGUAGGUUUACCGGGGCUGAGGCGAGAAGUAAAGGUCAGGGGCAGAUCAGGUCAAUACCAGGUAAGCAGUCCGAGGAUAAACGCUGGAGAGUCAGGCAUGAGAGCGAAGACAAUCUGGCAAAGAGUGAGGGGAAAGAAGCUGCAUAUAUACUGGCCUGAUUGGAGAUGAUGAGCAGGUGAGAGCAGCAGGUGGAAGCAGUUAGCUGAUGAGGGGUGUGGCUGAGCAGCAGAGCAGGAGAGGGGCAGAGCAGACUGUUACAGAACCCCCCCCUCAAGGGAUGGCUCCCGACAUCCCCAAAGGUUAAACUGGGGGGGGGGGGGGGUGGAGGUGGGCCUAAAACUCCUGGGAGCAAGACCUUGUCAUCUCUUCAGCAGGGUGGGUGGAGGGGGUCUGGAGGAGGGUUUCUCUGACACCUGACAUCCUCCCCGCAGAACGGUCCUCCACAUCCUGGACAGGUGGGGGCAAGGUGCGGGUUCCUCGACGGGCUGACUCAUUGGCUGGCUGGUCAGGAUGUUGCCGAUGAAAGUUGGCCACAAGGUUGGGGUCCAAAAUGUGGCGAGCAGGAACCCAAGAUCUCUCCUCAGGGCCGUAACCCUCCCAGUCCACAAGGUACUGGAGACCCCUACCUCGCUGCCGAGAACGAAUUAAGCGGCGCACUACAUACACCGGACCGCCGUCGACUAUUCGUGGAGGGGGAGGUAGUGGUGCCGCAGGGAACAAGGGGCUGUUGUGGACUGGUUUAACCUUGGAGACAUGGAAGGUAGGGUGUACUCUCAUGGACUGAGGUGAGAGAGGUGGGAAGACCGGUUACAAAGUCCAAAGAUAUGUGAGACCAUGGGCGGUGAGGAACAGGAAGAGGUUGUAGUAGCCCAGCAGGAGGCCGACGGGAGGUCUUAUGUUGGCUGCAGGUUGGACAGGCCUUGACGAAUUCCCAGACGUCCUCUUGCACAGUGGGCCACCAGAAACGUCGGAGGAGGGCAUGCUGUGUCCAUUGAAUCCCAGGGUGGCAGGAGAGCUUGGAGGAGUGGGCCCAUUGUAACACCUCCGACCUCAAGGCUGGUGGAACAAAGAGACAGUUAGACGGGCAGGAGCUGGGGCCCGGCUGUCCUUCUGUGGCUGCCUUCACCUUCUCCUCAAUGUCCCAGGUCAACAGGGCUACAAGGCAGGAAGUAGGUAGGAUGGUCUCAGCUCCAACAACAAAAUCCUCUGUCCUCUGGAACUGUCGGGACAGGGCGUCAGGCUUGACAUUGCGGGAACCAGGACGGUAAGAGAGGGUGAAGUUAAAACGGGAGAAAAAGAGGGACCAGCGGGCCUGGCGAGAGUUCAGUCUCUUUGCAGAGCGUAUGUACUCCAGAUUCUUGUGGUCAGUCCAUACGAGAAAAGGUUCCUUCGUGCCCUCCAACCAAUGGCGCCACUCUUCUAAGGCCAUCUUUACUGCCAAGAGUUCCCUAUUACCAAUGUCGUAAUUCCUUUCUGCAGAGGACAGGCGUCGGGAGAAGAAGGCACAGGGAUGGAGCUUCUGGUCAGUGCAUGAGCGUUGAGACAAGACGGCCCCCACCCCAACGUCAGAGGCAUCUACCUCGACCACAAACUGGCGUUCAGAGUCAGGCAUCAAGAGGAUGGGCGAUGAGGUGAACCGAUCCUUGAGGAACUGGAAGGCCGCUGCAGCUGCAGAGGACCACUGGAAGGGCACUUUGGGGGAGGUCAGAAUGGUGAGAGGGGCUGCUACUGAGCUGUAGUUGCGGAUGAAGCGACGGUAGAAGUUGGCGAACCCAAGGAAGCGCUGAAGCUGCUUGCGGUUCUCCGGAACAGGCCAGGAGGUAACAGCUGAGACCUUGGCUGGGUCCAUCUGGAUGCUGCCUUGUGCCACAAUGUAUCCCAGAAAAGAUGCUGAAGGAACAUGGAAAUCACACUUUUCUGCUUUUACAUACAGGGAGUUCUCCAAGAGGCGCUGAAGGACGGAUUGGACAUGAUGAAUGUGUUGCUCUUUGGACCUGGAGAAGAUGAGUAUAUCAUCGAGGUAAACAAAGACAUACUGGUUGAUCAUGUCUCGCAGAACAUCAUUAAUCAGAGCCUGGAAGACAGCAGGGGCAUUGGUGAGGCCAAACGGCAUUACGAGGUACUCGUAGUGUCCAGUAGGGGUGUUGAAUGCCGUCUUCCAUUCAUCUCCUUCUCUGAUGCGGACGAGGUGGUAGGCGUUGCGUAGGUCGAGUUUGGAGAAAAUGGUGGCCCCCUGGAGCAGUUCAAAGGCACUGGAGAUGAGUGGCAGUGGGUAACGGUUCUUUACCGUGAUCUCAUUUAGUCCUCUAUAAUCUAUGCAAGGUCUCAAUGUCUUGUCCUUCUUCUCAACAAGGAAAAACCCUGCUCCAGCAGGGGAUGAAGAGGGACGAAUGAUGCCUGCGGCCAAGGAGUCAUUUAUGUACGUCUCCAUGGCCCUUCUUUCAGGUUCAGACAGGGAGUAUAGGCGACCCUUGGGAGGUGAUGAACCAGGCAGGAGAUCAAUGGCGCAGUCAUAGGGUCGGUGAGGAGGCAGAGAGGUGGCUCUGGCUUUACUAAAGACCUGGCGGAAGUCAUGGUACUCGGGUGGCACCCCACUGAGGUCAGGUGACGAACUGGAGCUACACCCGGAGGGAUGAAGCGGAACUGAGGCUUGCUGCAGGCACCUCUGAUGACAGGAGGAACUCCACUCCCGGAUGGUCCCAGUUGCCCAGUCGAUGUGCGGAUUGUGAAGACGGAGCCAUGGAUAUCCCAGGAUAAGUGGCAGGCAGGAAGAGCUCAGGAUGUGAAACUGGACGGUUUCAUGAUGAUUACCAGACAGUAGCAGAUGAACAGGAGAGGUCUGAUGCGUGACGGUGCCCAGGACAUGUCCAUCUAAGGCUCGAGCAGGAACCGGGUGAGGCAAAGGAACCCGCUCAAGCCCCAGCUGAAGGACCACCUCCUCGUCAAUGAUGCUGGCAUCAGCCCCGGAGUCAAUAAAGAUAGCCAAGGUGUGGGGGCCGUCUGGAAGGAGGAGGCGGCCUUGGAGCAGGGGUCGCUGGCUUUGGGGAGGUGACAGGGUAGUUGAGCUCACCAGGGUCUCCCCAACUACUGAUGAGCUCUGGCUUUUGCUGGACAGCCGGAGAUAUAGUGUCCUGCUGCCCCACAAUAGAGGCAGAGUUUGGACUUGCGUCUACGCUCUCUCUCUUUCAGGGAGAGAGAGGUGCGGCCCAACUGCAUGGGCUCUGGAUCCUGAAACUGCUGACCCAAUGGGGUGGAGUUGGCUGCAGCAGCACCCCCACGGGUGCGAAGUGGACGAGUAUGUUGGGUUCCCCCUUGACGCUUCUCUCGUCGACGAGUCUGAACACGAAGAUCAAUGCGGAUGGCCAAGUCAAUCACCCCGUCCAAGGUGAGGGAGGUGUCAUGUGAAACCAGUUCAUCUUUAAUGUAAUCUGCCAACCCAUGGAGAAAGGCAUCACGGAGAGCUGCACUGUUCCAACCACUUUGGCUGGCUCUGGUGCAGAAAUCAAUGGAAUAGUCAGCCACUGUUAGUUCGCCUUGCUUCAGUCCCAUCAGUCCCCUUGCCGAAUCAGAACCAGAAUUCUCAAACCCAAAAACCUUCCGAAGCUCAGCAGCAAACAGGUCAAAUGAAGCACAGGCUCGAGACCGCCUCUCCCACUCAGCUGUUCCCCAUAGUCUAGCUCUGCCUGUCAGGUGGUUAAUGACAAAUGCUACCUUUGCCGGUUCUGUGGCGAAGGUGCGGGGCUGUAGGGCAAACAGGAGAGAACAGUUGGUGAGGAAGGGGCCGCAAGUCUCUCGAUCUCCGUCAUAACGCUCUGGGGUUCCCACCCGUGGCUCAGGAGCAUCGCUGGGUAGAGAAGAGGCGGGUACAGGUGCAGGAGCAGAAGGUGAAGCUUCCGAAGAAGAGGCAAAUCCAGCAGAUGAGGGGAGCUGGGUUAGUUGAGCUGCUAGCUGUUGCAUCUGUGCAGCUAAAGCUGCUAGUGAUUGUCCCUGAGUCUCAGCAGCUCGUCUAGCUUCAGCGGCAGCCGCAGUCAUCAUGGCCUCAUGUUGCUGCAGAACGCACUCAAUUGUCUCAAGGCGAUUCAGUGGUGAGGGAUUGUGUGCUGGGUCCAUAGUUUGGCCAGAUUGUACUGUAACGGGUAUUGACUGGACCCAAUUGCAGCACAAACAAGCAGGUUCACUUUAACAACAGUCUUUAUUGAACACCAAAUCCAAUGAAGCAGCAGAUUAUAGCAGGUGGGUAUGGCAGGAUUCGAACUCGGGUCUUCCGGGUGAUAGGCGAGCAGAUUAGCAGUGGACCACAGGUCAGGCAAGAGUUUUGAACUCGUGAGCAGGGAAUUGUCCACAGUCUUAAUUUGCUCUACGAGUGUAGUGAAGGGGAAAACGCUCAACUCACAGCUGGAGGAAGAUUUCUUGGAGAGUGGUUCAGGUGAGGAUCCAGAGCUUGCAGAGGAGCUGGCAGAACCAACGUCGGCAGAGGAGGUGAGUUGGCGAGGUGAAGCUGACGAGAAGGGGGAUCUCAACAGAGCAGGAACAGGCUGAGUGACAUUCAGCUGCAGGCAGACGAAUAGCAGGAACCAGGCAGGCAAAGCUCGUAGUCAAGGACAGAAGGCAGGUAGGUUUACCGGGGCUGAGGCGAGAAGCAAAGGUCAGGGGCAGAUCAGGUCGAUACCAGGUAAGCAGUCCGAGGAUAAACGCUGGAGAGUCAGGCAUGAGAGCGAAGACAAUCUGGCAAAGAGUGAGGGGAAAGAAGCUGCAUAUAUACUGGCCUGAUUGGAGAUGAUGAGCAGGUGAGAGCAGCAGGUGGAAGCAGUUAGCUGAUGAGGGGUGUGGCUGAGCAGCAGAGCAGGAGAGGGGCAGAGCAGACUGUUACAGAACCCCCCCCCCUCAAGGGAUGGCUCCCGACAUCCCCAAAGGUUAAACUGGGGGGGGGGGGGGGGUGGAGGUGGGCCUAAAACUCCUGGGAGCAAGACCUUGUCAUCUCUUCAGCAGGGUGGGUGGAGGGGGUCUGGAGGAGGGUUUCUCUGACACCUGACAUCCUCCCCGCAGAACGGUCCUCCACAUCCUGGACAGGUGGGGGCAAGGUGCGGGUUCCUCGACGGGCUGACUCAUUGGCUGGCUGGUCAGGAUGUUGCCGAUGAAAGUUGGCCACAAGGUUGGGGUCCAAAAUGUGGCGAGCAGGAACCCAAGAUCUCUCCUCAGGGCCGUAACCCUCCCAGUCCACAAGGUACUGGAGACCCCUACCUCGCUGCCGAGAACGAAUUAAGCGGCGCACUACAUACACCGGACCGCCGUCGACUAUUCGUGGAGGGGGAGGUAGUGGUGCCGCAGGGAACAAGGGGCUGUUGUGGACUGGUUUAACCUUGGAGACAUGGAAGGUAGGGUGUACUCUCAUGGACUGAGGUGAGAGAGGUGGGAAGACCGGUUACAAAGUCCAAAGAUAUGUGAGACCAUGGGCGGUGAGGAACAGGAAGAGGUUGUAGUAGCCCAGCAGGAGGCCGACGGGAGGUCUUAUGUUGGCUGCAGGUUGGACAGGCCUUGACGAAUUCCCAGACGUCCUCUUGCACAGUGGGCCACCAGAAACGUCGGAGGAGGGCAUGCUGUGUCCAUUGAAUCCCAGGGUGGCAGGAGAGCUUGGAGGAGUGGGCCCAUUGUAACACCUCCGACCUCAAGGCUGGUGGAACAAAGAGACAGUUAGACGGGCAGGAGCUGGGGCCCGGCUGUCCUUCUGUGGCUGCCUUCACCUUCUCCUCAAUGUCCCAGGUCAACAGGGCUACAAGGCAGGAAGUAGGUAGGAUGGUCUCAGCUCCAACAACAAAAUCCUCUGUCCUCUGGAACUGUCGGGACAGGGCGUCAGGCUUGACAUUGCGGGAACCAGGACGGUAAGAGAGGGUGAAGUUAAAACGGGAGAAAAAGAGGGACCAGCGGGCCUGGCGAGAGUUCAGUCUCUUUGCAGAGCGUAUGUACUCCAGAUUCUUGUGGUCAGUCCAUACGAGAAAAGGUUCCUUCGUGCCCUCCAACCAAUGGCGCCACUCUUCUAAGGCCAUCUUUACUGCCAAGAGUUCCCUAUUACCAAUGUCGUAAUUCCUUUCUGCAGAGGACAGGCGUCGGGAGAAGAAGGCACAGGGAUGGAGCUUCUGGUCAGUGCAUGAGCGUUGAGACAAGACGGCCCCCACCCCAACGUCAGAGGCAUCUACCUCGACCACAAACUGGCGUUCAGAGUCAGGCAUCAAGAGGAUGGGCGAUGAGGUGAACCGAUCCUUGAGGAACUGGAAGGCCGCUGCAGCUGCAGAGGACCACUGGAAGGGCACUUUGGGGGAGGUCAGAAUGGUGAGAGGGGCUGCUACUGAGCUGUAGUUGCGGAUGAAGCGACGGUAGAAGUUGGCGAACCCAAGGAAGCGCUGAAGCUGCUUGCGGUUCUCCGGAACAGGCCAGGAGGUAACAGCUGAGACCUUGGCUGGGUCCAUCUGGAUGCUGCCUUGUGCCACAAUGUAUCCCAGAAAAGAUGCUGAAGGAACAUGGAAAUCACACUUUUCUGCUUUUACAUACAGGGAGUUCUCCAAGAGGCGCUGAAGGACGGAUUGGACAUGAUGAAUGUGUUGCUCUUUGGACCUGGAGAAGAUGAGUAUAUCAUCGAGGUAAACAAAGACAUACUGGUUGAUCAUGUCUCGCAGAACAUCAUUAAUCAGAGCCUGGAAGACAGCAGGGGCAUUGGUGAGGCCAAACGGCAUUACGAGGUACUCGUAGUGUCCAGUAGGGGUGUUGAAUGCCGUCUUCCAUUCAUCUCCUUCUCUGAUGCGGACGAGGUGGUAGGCGUUGCGUAGGUCGAGUUUGGAGAAAAUGGUGGCCCCCUGGAGCAGUUCAAAGGCACUGGAGAUGAGUGGCAGUGGGUAACGGUUCUUUACCGUGAUCUCAUUUAGUCCUCUAUAAUCUAUGCAAGGUCUCAAUGUCUUGUCCUUCUUCUCAACAAGGAAAAACCCUGCUCCAGCAGGGGAUGAAGAGGGACGAAUGAUGCCUGCGGCCAAGGAGUCAUUUAUGUACGUCUCCAUGGCCCUUCUUUCAGGUUCAGACAGGGAGUAUAGGCGACCCUUGGGAGGUGAUGAACCAGGCAGGAGAUCAAUGGCGCAGUCAUAGGGUCGGUGAGGAGGCAGAGAGGUGGCUCUGGCUUUACUAAAGACCUGGCGGAAGUCAUGGUACUCGGGUGGCACCCCACUGAGGUCAGGUGACGAACUGGAGCUACACCCGGAGGGAUGAAGCGGAACUGAGGCUUGCUGCAGGCACCUCUGAUGACAGGAGGAACUCCACUCCCGGAUGGUCCCAGUUGCCCAGUCGAUGUGCGGAUUGUGAAGACGGAGCCAUGGAUAUCCCAGGAUAAGUGGCAGGCAGGAAGAGCUCAGGAUGUGAAACUGGACGGUUUCAUGAUGAUUACCAGACAGUAGCAGAUGAACAGGAGAGGUCUGAUGCGUGACGGUGCCCAGGACAUGUCCAUCUAAGGCUCGAGCAGGAACCGGGUGAGGCAAAGGAACCCGCUCAAGCCCCAGCUGAAGGACCACCUCCUCGUCAAUGAUGCUGGCAUCAGCCCCGGAGUCAAUAAAGAUAGCCAAGGUGUGGGGGCCGUCUGGAAGGAGGAGGCGGCCUUGGAGCAGGGGUCGCUGGCUUUGGGGAGGUGACAGGGUAGUUGAGCUCACCAGGGUCUCCCCAACUACUGAUGAGCUCUGGCUUUUGCUGGACAGCCGGAGAUAUAGUGUCCUGCUGCCCCAUAAUAGAGGCAGAGUUUGGACUUGCGUCUACGCUCUCUCUCUUUCAGGGAGAGAGAGGUGCGGCCCAACUGCAUGGGCUCUGGAUCCUGAAACUGCUGACCCAAUGGGGUGGAGUUGGCUGCAGCAGCACCCCCACGGGUGCGAAGUGGACGAGUAUGUUGGGUUCCCCCUUGACGCUUCUCUCGUCGACGAGUCUGAACACGAAGAUCAAUGCGGAUGGCCAAGUCAAUCACCCCGUCCAAGGUGAGGGAGGUGUCAUGUGAAACCAGUUCAUCUUUAAUGUAAUCUGCCAACCCAUGGAGAAAGGCAUCACGGAGAGCUGCACUGUUCCAACCACUUUGGCUGGCUCUGGUGCAGAAAUCAAUGGAAUAGUCAGCCACUGUUAGUUCGCCUUGCUUCAGUCCCAUCAGUCCCCUUGCCGAAUCAGAACCAGAAUUCUCAAACCCAAAAACCUUCCGAAGCUCAGCAGCAAACAGGUCAAAUGAAGCACAGGCUCGAGACCGCCUCUCCCACUCAGCUGUUCCCCAUAGUCUAGCUCUGCCUGUCAGGUGGUUAAUGACAAAUGCUACCUUUGCCGGUUCUGUGGCGAAGGUGCGGGGCUGUAGGGCAAACAGGAGAGAACAGUUGGUGAGGAAGGGGCCGCAAGUCUCUCGAUCUCCGUCAUAACGCUCUGGGGUUCCCACCCGUGGCUCAGGAGCAUCGCUGGGUAGAGAAGAGGCGGGUACAGGUGCAGGAGCAGAAGGUGAAGCUUCCGAAGAAGAGGCAAAUCCAGCAGAUGAGGGGAGCUGGGUUAGUUGAGCUGCUAGCUGUUGCAUCUGUGCAGCUAAAGCUGCUAGUGAUUGUCCCUGAGUCUCAGCAGCUCGUCUAGCUUCAGCGGCAGCCGCAGUCAUCAUGGCCUCAUGUUGCUGCAGAACGCACUCAAUUGUCUCAAGGCGAUUCAGUGGUGAGGGAUUGUGUGCUGGGUCCAUAGUUUGGCCAGAUUGUACUGUAACGGGUAUUGACUGGACCCAAUUGCAGCACAAACAAGCAGGUUCACUUUAACAACAGUCUUUAUUGAACACCAAAUCCAAUGAAGCAGCAGAUUAUAGCAGGUGGGUAUGGCAGGAUUCGAACUCGGGUCUUCCGGGUGAUAGGCGAGCAGAUUAGCAGUGGACCACAGGUCAGGCAAGAGUUUUGAACUCGUGAGCAGGGAAUUGUCCACAGUCUUAAUUUGCUCUACGAGUGUAGUGAAGGGGAAAACGCUCAACUCACAGCUGGAGGAAGAUUUCUUGGAGAGUGGUUCAGGUGAGGAUCCAGAGCUUGCAGAGGAGCUGGCAGAACCAACGUCGGCAGAGGAGGUGAGUUGGCGAGGUGAAGCUGACGAGAAGGGGGAUCUCAACAGAGCAGGAACAGGCUGAGUGACAUUCAGCUGCAGGCAGACGAAUAGCAGGAACCAGGCAGGCAAAGCUCGUAGUCAAGGACAGAAGGCAGGUAGGUUUACCGGGGCUGAGGCGAGAAGCAAAGGUCAGGGGCAGAUCAGGUCGAUACCAGGUAAGCAGUCCGAGGAUAAACGCUGGAGAGUCAGGCAUGAGAGCGAAGACAAUCUGGCAAAGAGUGAGGGGAAAGAAGCUGCAUAUAUACUGGCCUGAUUGGAGAUGAUGAGCAGGUGAGAGCAGCAGGUGGAAGCAGUUAGCUGAUGAGGGGUGUGGCUGAGCAGCAGAGCAGGAGAGGGGCAGAGCAGACUGUUACAUACUUGUAGUUCAAGCAUAUCCACAUGAGUUUCCCUAGAGUCCAGGUGUACAUUGUCGAGUUAACCUUCAGUCCAGGUGUAUUACAUUAAAUAAACCUUUAGUUUAGGUUUAUAUUGUUGAGUUAAUCUACUAAAGGUAUAAAAUAUCUUGUGAACUUGUAGUUCAGAGGUGUAUAUUGUUCAGUUAACCUGCUGUUCAGGUUUAUACUCUUGGGUUUAGCUGUAGUUUAGGUAUAUGUUAUUGCGUUUCCUGAUAGCUUAGUUGUAUAUCAUUUAGUGUGCCUGUAGUCCAGGUGUAUAUUCGGGUGUUCACUUUCAGUUCUGGUGUCAUAUUUUUGAGUUCAUCUUAUGUUGAUGGUGUGUAUUGUUGAGUUUACCCGUGGUUUAGGUGUAUAUUGUUGAGGUUACUAAAGCUAAGAUAUAAUUUACAGAGUCACCUGCAGUUCAAGUCAAUUUAAUGCUGUUUACUUUUACUUUAAUUGUAUUUUGUGAGUUUACCCUUUGUUCGACGUGUAUUGUGGCUUUUCCCUGUGGUUCAGUUUUAAAUUGUUGUGUCAAACUUAGGUUCUGAUGUAUAUUGUCAAGUUUACCUGAUCGCUCAGGUAUAUAUUAUUGUGCUCACUUUUCGUAAUGCUGAUUGUUGUUGAGCUUACCUGUUCUUAAGGUGUAUAUUGUUCUGUUUAACUGUAGUUUAAGGGUAUUGUAUUUUGUUUUCCCCUAGUGUAGGUGAAUUUUUUGGUUUACCCUUGUUUUAGGUGUAUAGUGUUGUGUUUACCUUUAGUUCAGGUCAGUCUUGUUGUGGUAACUUUUAGUUUUUGAAUAAAUUGUUAAGUUUACCGGAAGUUCUGGUGCACACUGUUUAGUUUACCUUUAGUUGUUGUGUCAACUUAUGGUUUUGGUGCAUAUUGAUGUGUUUACUUGUAGUCAGGUGCAUUUGUUGUGGUUUUAGGGUGUGCUGCUGCUGUGGGAACAGUUUUCAGACUCUGAUCAUCACAGUUUUCAUGACCAGCUGAGUGCUGCAGGCCUGCUUCUUCUUGCUCUGAGAGUGUUCCUCACACUGCUGCUGGCCUCUGUCCUCUACACCAUCACCUCAAUGGAGAGGAGCUUGCUCAAACGAGACUUCUACCUCUGCUUCACCAAGGUAACCAUAACAAAAACUUUAUCAUAGGCACAUGGAUCAUUUACCUUAUAAUUAUAAAUAAUGAGUCUAACCUUGUUACAUGUAGUCACCUGUCUGUUGCAAAACAACAAUAAUACUAAUAACACUGAUGAAUGGCACUGUGUCUUCUGUCCACUUAGGGCUGCGUUCUCUGGUUCCUCUGCCACCCCGUCCUCUUCCUCAUAUCAGCCAUAUUUAAUGAACACCAGAGAGAGAAGGUUUGAACUGUCUAACUUUUGAUCUCUCCUCAAACAUUCAACUGAUUAGAAGUUAAUAACAUACUCAUAUGUUAGGUGAUUGUGGUAACACUGACAAUGUUUCAGAGAAACAUUCUCUUUGAGCACAAAGCAGGGGGCACUUUUGUCCUCCUGGUUUAGGCUCACAGCCUUUUGAGGAGGUUGGUCCCCACUCUCUGUUCCCAGAGUCAAGCACCCCCAGUGUUUCUAGGGUAUCUAGUACCAACUGUCCCCAGCAUCCCCGGUGUUCCCAGUAUUUCCUGCAUCUGCAGUGUUUUCAUUCCUGUCCUGUAAUGAUGCCCUCCAUUUCCUUUGGUGUCCUUCUUUUCUUUUCUCCUUUCCCUUAUUCACCUGCUUCUUCCUCUCCUCUCUGCUCCUCCUCUUCCUUCCUUUUCCUCAACAUUCUUCUCAUUCUCCACCCUCUCCUCAUCCUUCUCUUCAUGCCCAUUGUCGUCCUCUUCAGGAUAGUCCUCCUCUUCCUUCCCUCCACCUCUACCUCCUAAUCCCCUUUCUUUUCCUUACUGUCCUCCUCUUUCUCACUGCAGGUGGUGACCAUGGGGGUGAUCCUGUGUCAGUCCAUCUCCAUGGUGAUCCUCUACCAGCUCUUCCUGUCUCGCUCUCUCUACUGGGAGGUGUCCUCUCUCUCCUCAGUGUCUCUGCCUCUCACAAUGUCCAGGAGCAACCACAGGGGGCGCUACUAAGAACAUUAUCCCCACAAUGUGAUGAAGGUUACGGGAGGAUUUGUGUCUUCAGAGAAGGAGAAGGAGGAGGAAAAAGAAGACAUUGUGAGCGGCUCGUCUGGAUCUUCAGAGAUCCAGAAACUGAGGGACUGGGAGGGUUUAACAAAAACAUCCGCAUAAAGACAGAAAAUAAGGAGACACACAAGUUUCCAGGCUUCUGGACCAAUCAGAUGAGCAUGAGCAGAACAGAGACAGACAGGAUUCAACAUCUGUUGAUGAGGAUUUUAGGAAUAAAAACCUGACCAUCAGAGAGCAGAAGAGACAAUUUUCUCCUCUGGAUAAAAAAAGAGGUCAGGGAAGUUCGGUUAGUCCUGAGUUGAGACAUGAUUAAAGGAGAUGAAACCAAAAGAGACCAGACAUGAAACAAGAUGAGACAAGACAAGAAAAGGCAAGACGGGAAGAGAAGAGAAGAGACAAGAGGGGAGGAAAGGGAAGGGGAAGGGAAGGAAGGGGAAAUGGAAGAUGUGAUAAUAUGAAACCAGACAAGAAGAGAUAGUUUUCUACUUUUCUGAAUGAAAAAAGAAGUCAGGGAGGUUAGCUCAGACCUCAGACAAGACAUGAUAGAAAGAGAUUAAAUGAAAUGUUACAAAUGCUCUGAAAUUCGCAUCAUGGCUGUGGAAAAACAAUGCUAAACAGGUCUAAGUUAAGAUGUUAGAAAUUAAAAUCCUGGAACAAAACUGAUAUUUGAAAAUAUUAAACAAACCCCAAUGUUUGAGGCAAGAUGAGAAGACGAGACAGAAAGACCCAAGACAAGAGAAGAUGAUUUUCUUAAAAUCGAGGAGAAUAAAUGAAAUGAAACAAUUAGGCAGUUGACAGAGAGACAGAUUGAAGUUCUCAUGUUUUUUUCUACAUGAGAGAAAAAUACAAUAAAAUCAGUUUGAUUUAAAGGAACUUGACCUAACAAACUGAUGUUUAUUUUAAACCAUCACAUCACUCAAAAAACUGGGAAUUUCCUUUCUAAUCAUACGAUAAAAUUAUUUAGAUGUUUUUAUGGUGUCUUAACAUUGUCAGUAUUUCUGAUUACUUUAAAUUAGAUUUGAAAUAUUACAAAUACAGCUUGUCCUUUUUUUUUUUUUUUUUUUUUUUAAAUAUGAUCAUUUAGAGUAAGCAUUAAUUUAUGGGAAAGACCAUAAACUCAAUCUUUUUUAUAUAAUUGGAAUAUCUAAAUAUAAUUUUCAUUUGACUUUCUAUAAACUAAGUCACAACAAGACUCAUCCCAACAGUAUCCAAAUUAAACAGUUUAUCGUGUACUAUUAUUUAAAGAUAUUAUGUAAGCUAUUGGUAUUUAUCAGGUUGAAAAUAAAUAUAACCAUUUGACUUCUGCUAGACUUUGAGUAUGCUCUUACUUUCCUCCUCUUCUAUCUCAUAUUAUUUGAUCUCUCUUAGUUAAUAUUUUUCUGCUUGCUUGUAGAUUUUUUUUUCAAAGCCAAAGCCCCUUAAGGCAACACCAGGAAGACACACUCACUGAGAUGUAAUAGCGUCAAGCAGCCAAACAGUCAUGUUGUUAAUAAAAGGGAUGACGAGAAACUUUGUGCAUAUUUAUUUAAUGUUACAGCACAUACACACAGGGAGAUAAGAGUCACUGCUGCCUGAUCACACUCUGCGCCUGAUGUGAAGUGUGUCUUUAUCUCUGUUAACUCUGCCCCAGAGGCGUCAAAACAGGUGUUCUUUGUAAUGUCUGCAUUAGCUGAGCAGAGGCUGUUCAAGUUGUGAAAGUCAGAAACAUACUGAAUAUGAAAGCGAUAACUCUCAUAUGUUACUGUAAAGAAACUCAGACAGAUAAUCCCUGGUGUUGUUCUCAAGUGUGCAAACAACCUCUCACUCUGCUUUUCUAUUAAAGCUUUACUUCAUGACUUAGACUUAGUUUAGUGAUUCUUAGGCUUAUUUCUCUCUAUCUUUAGAGCUGGAAUUUUUUCAACCUAAAAAAUGAAACAAAAAUUAAAUGAAUUAAAAUUUGGAUUUAAAAAGAUCUGAAAUUGUGUUGGUUGUACAGUUAGUGUACUCAUUUUGUUGACAGUGAAGAAAGGCACGUCAUAACGCCACUAAAAGUUUAGCUCUUUCAUUUAAGCUUUUUCAUUUUAAAUGGAGAGGCAAACUUUAUAAUUAUACCUGCAAAUGAAUCCUGUUGUAUUUUUUCCACGUGAGCCAUAUGUUUAAUUGUAUUUUAUGACUGAUUUUAUCAUUAGCCUAUUUUAACCUGCUCUGUAUUGAGUAUCUGUCUUAAACUUAUUCUCUUUAUAGACCUUUAGUUCUUUGUGACAUUAUCUUAUCAUUGGGAAAGUUGGGCCAAAAAUCUUACAAGAUCUCGACCUUCUCUCUCUUUUUCUCAUCCCCUCCUCUUUCUCCUGACAGCUGUAGCCAUGCUGACUAAGCUAAUCAAUUGCAUUUCAUCUGAUUCUAAAUCAGCCAUCCCAAUAUGCAACAGCAGGUGGUAACCAGGCAGAGAGGAGAUCUGAGGCAAGGGAGGAGAAAAAAGACAAUAAUACAAAAUUAAAUAUACACUUUUUUUGACAUAAGGGUUGAAUUAGACAACAUAAAAGAGAUGUGUUUGUCUGACUGCAGGUGUGAGAACACAAUUUGCUCAUAUACUUUCAUCAACAAACGGCUGCACAUGUGCAUGCAUGAGCAGAUUAGGAGGAGGGGCUGAAAGUCAGGUUUGUGGCUCUGGUCUUAAAACAGAUAGUAUCUGAGCUGAAGCAGACCAAAAGUCAGGCCCAGGAGAGUCAGUGUGGAAAAAAUGAGAGAGAGAGAUUACAAGAAAGGAGGAGGAGGGACGAUAUAUGGAGCAUUGACUCACACUAAAUAAAGUGAUGUUCAUGUCACAUUUUAUUUAGUUAUCCAUACAGACUGUGUGUGUCUUAUAUUGAGAAAGGUGAUUAAAAAAAAACAAAAAAGAAACAUCAGAGACUGAAUUGGUCACGUUUGGAAAGCUAUUGAAAAGAUAUAUAAAUGUGUGUGGGUUUUUAGUUUUUGUUUUGUUUUUUUGUUUUGUUUUGUUUGUUUUUUGUAUAUAUAUAUAUAUAUAUAUAUAUUAUUUUUUUUUAAAUAUGCAAUUAAAAUAUAUAUAUAUAUAUUUGAAAGAUAAACUAAUAAAAUGUCUCAGUUGAAGUGUGUUUUAUCAUUUACACAAGUACAAUCUUUUGAGACUGGUUUGAGGACAGGAUUAGACUUCACCGCGCUCCGCUGCCCCCCUGUGUCAAGUUUGAGGAUCUAACCUUUAAAAGAGAUCAGUCCCUUCUCAUAGAUAUCAACAAAUAAAUAUUUUAUUUGUUUAACUUCCGCUUCAGUAAAACUCUGUUGUCCCACAACAUACACAGAAAUUGAUACAUGUUACACCAAACCCUGUGAGAGCAUUAGUUUCCACAUCAAAAUAAUACUUUAAUAAACACAAGGCUUCAUUUUUUUUACUUUGUAUUUGACCUCCUCCGGUGAGCCGUGACCGUCAGAGCUGACGUGUUACAGGUGAACGCUCCACGGUAGUUGGUCUCCACGUGCAUCAUCAAGAAUAGUAUACAUUCGAUUCGAUUCCAAUCAAACUUUUGAUCGGUUGAAUAUUGUACAGCUCUCCCAGCAAUUUCUAGACACAAAGAUCUUCAGCGAAAAUCCUCCAAGUACAGGAGAGGGACCCAACUGCAGCCCAAGAUGGCGGACCCAGAAGAUGAACUUCCGCAAUGAUCUUCCGCAAAACUCACUCAGAAUUACCUUCCGGCGGAUGGGCUUUCUCGUUGGCGGACUUCCGGCGCCGAAAUAUUUCGCC